AUGCCGCAGCUUCUCCUGUGCCUGCGAAAUGUGGUAAGUGGCGGCACCGUAGCAGAGAUUGUCGGGGACUCUUCGUGGACUUCGAUGGAAGCGGCUCUUGCCGUGGUCGCAAGCACCGGCCACAACAAUUUCAAGCUCGUGAAGGGUAGUCACUGUUUUUUCCCAGGCUCAGCGACGACACUUGGCGAGUUUGCAGGCGAGGGCGAGACAGCGGAGCUCGAAAUCCUCAUACAGGACUUUCCAAUCUUGCGGAUCUCGGGCAUUCCUGCCGAUGCCGCGUUCGGUGGACAUGGCCCUGCCAUUGGAUCCACGACAGAUUCUUCCAGCCUUCAUGACUUGAAUGGUGACUGGUCGGCCGUGCCUCUGCUACAGGUCCGGGGGCAUCCGGUGUGGACCAAGCAGACGCACCUUCGAAAUAAGUGGGAGCCCCGCAGUGGCCUACCUGCGGACGAUGGGGUGCGUUACAUUGUCCUAGGUGGCGACGGGGUCUUGGACAUCGCGUGGCUGCCCGCAGGCGAACGACCGAGGUCGGACAGCUUCCCGCACCAGUCGUCUCGUCACGGCUUUCUCGCCGGCUUCAACUUCAAAGAGCUUUCGGAAAGUCUGAUCUGGGAGACAGAUGGCCACCCCGGCAAGGCUCACGUACUUGGCGUUAAAGCCCUCUUCCUCCUUCCCCAGGGCCCGGGUGCAUUCCUGGAGGCUGGGGGAAAACUUGGCGGCCGGUUUUGCGGAGCUCGUACGCUGAAACACCAAAAAGGGCAGACGCAUCUCCAGAAGGGGCUUGCAGUGAGUUGA